AUGUCAAUGAUGUAUAGUAUAAAAAUGCAAGGUACGCCAAGAGCCUUGGCGUCACGGAAGAAGAUGCCGACUUGCUCUGGGUGGCGAAAGAGGCGUUUGAAGCUCCUUUACCUUCCGGUUGGUCGGAGCAUUUCGACCCAGAGGGUCGGGUUUACUUCUUCAGCCAGGUCACCCAGCGAAGCAGCUGGUCCCAUCCUUUGGAUGAUGUUUUUCGAGAGCUUAUCCAGCUCAUCAAGUCAAUCAGGAGACUAG